AUGAACAACCAUGGCAAUGACGGAAGUGGAGCUCAAGGCCCGAUGACACUGGCAACCUUCUUGAUGGUUAAUCCACCUAAGUUCAAGGGAACCACUAGCCCGACUGAAGCCGAUACCUGGUUCCAGGCUUUGGAGCGAGCACUGCAAGCGCAGAUGGUACCUGAAGGGCAGUGUGUUGAAUUUGCUACAUAUAUGCUCAUUGGGGAAGGAGCUCCAGGAGACUUUGAGGAAUGGAAGUGCAUUAAGUAUGAAGGAGGACUCCGGAGCGAUAUCUUCAGCUCAGUGGGACCAAUGGAGAUCAGAACUUUCUUAGAGUUGGUGAACAAGAGAGGCCAGGUGAGGAGAUUUGGGAAGCAGCCUCAGAACAAGCAAGCUUGUGCUAGGUGCGAAAGUCACCAUUCGGGAGCCCCAUGCAAGACCGAAUGGGGCUUGUGCUAUUCUUGUGGUAAGGCAGGACAUAAAGCCACAAACUAUCCAGAAAAGCAAAAGCAAGGUGCAGGGAGAGCACAGCAGCCUGGUCGGGUGUUCACCACCUCAGUUGUUGGUGCCGAGGGAUCCGAGACACUUAUCCGAGGUAACUGUGAAAUAGCUGGUCAAAUUUUAAAUGCCUUAUUUGAUUUGGGAGCAACACAUUCAUUCAUUGCAUUCAAAAAAGCUAGUGAGUUAGGAUUGAAGAUUGUAGUUUUAGGUUAUGACCUAAAGGUCUAUAAUUCCACCCAUGAAGCCAUGGUAACUAGGCUAGGAUGUCCACAAGUUUCAUUUAGGGUCCAACAACAUGAUUUUGUCCAUGAUUUAAUUUGCUUGCCGAUGAUCGGUCUUGAUCUUAUCUUGGGAUUAGACUGGUUAUCUGAGAACCAUGUCCUGCUCAACUGUUCUGCAAAAUUGGUGUGCUUUAUGCCGGAAGAUACAGAAGGACCGGUCGUAGUGAAUAGUUAUUACUUGAAUUCUAUGAUGGUGAAUUGUUCUGGGACUGAAUGUCAGCGUAUUUUGUUGUUAAUCGCGGGUGUUUCGGGUGAUGAUCAAAGAUUGGAACAAAUUUUGGUUGUGUGUGAGUUUCCAGAGGUGUUUCCCAAGGAUAUUGAUGAAUUUUCACCUAACCAAGAGGUUGAGUUUGCUAUUGAGUUGGUGCCUGGGGUUGGACCAAUCUCGAGUGCUCCUUAUAGGAUGUCACCUCUAGAAAUGACUGAGUUGAAGUCUCAGCUAGAGGAUCUGUUGGGUAAGAACUUUAUCUGA